ACCAGUUCGUCACAGCUCCUGCUCUGUGAUAUGCGGCCCAGUUUCUCUCAAUUUCGGACCCACGGCAAAUACGGCGCCAGCAACUCUCACGAUAUUUGCUGCGUCAGUGGGCGCGAGCCGCGGCCAGUUGGUGGCGGGCAUUUUUGGCUUCUGCUGUUGCUGGAGUUGCCGUGUAGCCCGGAGUUCCUGGGCCAGACAUCAUGACGUCCGCUUUGGAGAACUACAUUAACCGUAUCCUCCGGAGGCCGCCGCGGCGAGGGCCCACACGUUCAAGUUUCAAAUAAGUAAUUGGAACUGUGCGUUUACCAGAUUCUAAGUUUUCGGUUAGCAUUUCCUAAGAAAUGCUUUCCUUGAUUCAGUUAUCAGGAACUGUUGCUGUUAUUACAUCCGAUGGGAGAAUGAUUGUGGGAACUCUGAAAGGUUUUGACCAAACCAUUAAUUUGAUUUUGGAUGAAAGUCAUGAACGAGUAUUCAGCUCUUCACAGGGAGUAGAACAAGUGGUAUUAGGAUUAUACAUCGUAAGAGGUGACAAUGUUGCCGUCAUUGGCGAAAUUGAUGAAGAGACAGAUUCUGCACUUGAUUUGGGGAAUAUUCGAGCAGAACCUCUAAACUCGGUAGCACACUGAGGAAAAACUACGUACAUUGGACAUCUGUAAAUCUUUGUACAGAAACUGAUUAUUCUGAGGAAGAUAUACAGAAUUUUUAUGAACGUGUAAUUGUGGAUUUUGACUCAUUGAUUCAUUGUAAUAUGAUAUGUAAAUUAAAAUAUUUCUACAUUUUAUUGAAAAAAAAUUUUUUUUUUUGGCUUAAAUCAUAGGUUUGGUAGCCUGAUAUUAUUUUUCUAUUAAGUAAUGUGAGAAUCUAAUGAUUAUUUGGGGAAGUUUUAGAAGAAAUCAGUACUUUCUGAUAUUUUAGUAUUUAUGGAAAACUUGUUUAAAAGAGAAGGGCGUGUUACAUAAAUCAAGCAUACAAGUAACAUCAGUGAGGCAGUACCUUUCCCUGAUUUUUAAGAAAGUCACAGGAAGGGAAAUCAUAUCUCCUGCAGUUAUCUGAACCACCACCAUUUAUUGUACUACUCUGGUGGUGGUUUGCUGGUGCUUUUUAGAGUUGCCCCCUAGUACUCAGAGGUAUGAGUAAAAAUGUGUUUUGCUGAGAAAAGGAAAAAUACUAAUGAAGUUGUAAUGGAUUCGGGCAAAAAUGAGGACUUGAAUGUUAAUGAUGACUAGGGAAGGCAGGGUUGGUUUCAGGAUCCUAUUCAGAAUCCCACAUUGUAUUCUGUCUCAGUCUCUCCCAGUCUGUGACGGUUCCUCAGGCUUUCCUUGUUUUUCAUGACCUUGACACUUUUGAAGGGUAAAACCCAAAACCCACUGCCGUCGACUCGAUUCCGAUUUGAAGGGUAGUGUUCAGUUAUUUUGUAGAAUGUCUCCAAUUAUUUUAGAGAGAAAAUAAUACAAACAUACUAAGAUUGGAUUUUAUCAAGAGUAUAUUAUCUGAAAAAAAAUUAUAAGUGCUACUCUAGCUUUUAAUUUGUAAGAACUGUGGAAUUUGUAGAGCUAAAGAAGUUUUUUGUUCAUAAAUGUGAAUAAAUCUAAGUUUAUACUGA